AUGGUUGUGCUACUAUUUUGGUUGACACGAGUCCCCGUGUUUACUCUUGGGAGCAUGGGAGUGGACCUCACUGCUUUGGUCCUUUCGCUUAGGGAUCUCCUUUGUCAAACCUUACCAACAGAAAGCAAGGAAGUUGUUGGCUUAGAAAGGGUAUCUUUUAAAAAUGCACAACUCCAGAAGAUUCUUGUUUCAGGUGUGUUUGAGUCUGGUGCUUUCUACAGGCUCCUGCACCUGCAAGCCAAUCGGCAAUGACAGCCAAAGCAAGGAGGUCCUUGAGGGAUUUUACUUUCAGCGGUCAGAGGAGGAUCUUCUGGAAGAGGAAGACAUGGACUCAAGGAUGGAAGACCUUCUGGGCACAAUGAAAGAAGACUUUCUCAGGAAACUCAACCUUUCCGAUGUGCCGCAGGAACACGGCAAGAUUUACCCUCCGCAGUUCAUGAUGGAGCUCUACAACAAGUAUGCAUCCGACAGCACGGCAAUCCCUCAGUCGGACGUCAUACGGAGCUUCAGUGUCCAAGAUGUCACACAUUCUGUGACAAACGGCACAGAGUCGAGGCACAGGCUGCUGUUCAACAUCAGCAUUCCCAGCCAUGAAAGGGUCACCACUGCUGAAUUACAGCUCUUCUUCCUCCCGAACGGCAGGUCAGAGGCCACCUCCCACAGUUUCAAGACCUCUGUCAAUGUCUACAAAGCGGAUUACCAUGAUUUGACAUCCGCACCGCAACUACUGGCUAGCAAAGAGUUGAGCAGUUCCCAGAAUGCGUGGGCAACGUUAGAUGUCACCUUAGCGAUACAGAAUGGAGUCAUGCCAGGCCACGGAAUAACUGCAUUGGAUGUAGUUGUGGAUGGGAAUGGCUGUGGCAGCGAUACCGGCCAUUUGAGCAUGAGCGUGUCACUGGGAGAUAACACUUCAGCUGCUUUGAUAGUCUUCUCAGAUGACCUUGGUAGCAGGAGAAGGGAAGCCAAGAAAGAACUAAGAGAGAUGAUCCUCCAUGAAGAAGAAGCCAUCUUCCACUCGGGUACCAACUGGAGCACAGAGGAUCAGCUCACCAACCAGAUUCCGGGAACUCAGCAUCGUCGAAAGAGGAGAAAGGCGGAGAGAGAAUACUGCAGACGAACGUCCCUAAAGGUCAACUUUAAAGACAUCGGCUGGGACAGUUGGAUUGUGGCACCUCCGGAAUAUGAUGCGUUUGAAUGUCGGGGAUUGUGUUACCACCCACUGACGGAUGAAUCCACCCCAUCCAAACAUGCCCUCAUCCAGACGUUGAUGAACAUCAGGAACCCCAAGAAGGCUAACAUGGCAUGUUGCGUUCCCAUCAAACUGGACCCCAUCACCGUCAUGUAUCAGGAGAAUGGACGCCUCACCAUUAGACACUUGUAUGAGGAAAUGAAGGUGGCAGAGUGCGGAUGCAGGUAGUCAGAAACAACUAUUAUUUCUGUCAGCAGCACAUAUUCAAAUUAUUAUUAAAACUGUGCUUAUGAAUCCCUUGUAAAUCUGUACAUUUGUAAUUUCAAUAUAUAUUAAUAAUAUACACUUAUAUUCAGCAGUAUGGACUACUAUGGACUACUGUAAUUUAGAUAAAUACCUGUACAGUGUUGCCCCAUUGCUAAUAGCAUUACAGUGGAACCUUACUUUUUGUAUGCUAUAUGAUUUGGUUUUUGAUGAAAAUCAUUGCCACAGAUAUGUCUUGGUUUUUGUACAGUGUCUCAGUUAUUGUGGCGCCAAAUCAAUGGAUGAAUGCAUAGUGCUUCUUUUAGAGUUGGGACAGUAUAGACAGAUUCCAACCAGGGAAUCCUUUCAUCAUCUUUAUUAUGUGUGUGUGUGUGUGGUUUAUUUGUUCAUAGAACGCACACAGAACGAUGAACAACUCGGUGUCUCCUUCCUUCCUCCUUUCACGCACCCCGACACUCGCCAAUGAGGCAUUCAAGCACAUUGUGUAUUUCUGAGUGUUUGACCAAUCCGUGCUUUUUUUUCUAUUUCAAACAGCUGAAAAAAAAGUAAGUGAGAGAAAUGUGAUAGAGAAUGCGAGAAAGACUAUUGAAUUCAAGAAAGAAGUAGUAGCAAAGAAUGACUAUCGUGAAUAGGAUUGUAAUGCAAAAGGUUAACACAGGUUGCAGGGGGAACGGUUUAAAGGAGACACAUAACAAACAGAUAGUGAGCCAGGCCAGUGAGUGUAAUGAUGAUCAUACCUGCUGCUGAAGUUUACAACAAAAUUCCAGUAAACAAGUAUACAGCUCUAACCGUCUACUCUUUACAGUCAAGUUUGUAAAAGACUAGAAUGAAACAGCAUCCGUAUGGCUCCUCCGUCCCACCUUCCCUCCUCACGCCACUCAUCUCUGCUUGCUAGUUUUUAAUAAAGAUAAAAGUUAUGUUCAAUGUUCAUUUCCCCAUUUCAUUCGUGUUUUCUAUGUAUUUCGCUACAUCUAAAACUAUUAUUCUCUCUUAAAAUGUGUUUUGUGUUAAUAUUCUUGGGUGUCUGGAAUGGAUGCAUUGACUUUACAUUAUUUCUUAUGGGAAAAAAGUUUUCGGUUUUCCACGGGUUCCACUGUACAUGCUAUAUUACAGCUGUUUGUUCACUGUGAGGAAAUUGUUCAAAAUUAUGCAGGAUUUAUUUUUACAAGGUGAUAUAAUUGUUUUAAUUAAAACUAUGAAGCUCAAUCAUUCUAAUAAUGUUUUUACAUUGGAGCUUAAUGCUGAUGCACAUAAUAUAAAAUAUAGUAUGUCUUUAUGUCCUAUAGUAUGUCGUAUUAUAUUUUUCAACAAUUUGUGUCCUUCAAAAGUGUAUUUGACAUGUGUUGUCCAAAAUCUAACCUUGAUGCUGGAAUUUAGAAGGUGUAAACGUGCUUUUAGUAAGCUCUACUGGGAACACUCCAUGUCUCUGUGGCUUUAACACUAAUAAGCUGUGUUUGUCCACGCCUGUCCACACCACAUCAACCUUUUUUUUUUUUUUACUGUAUAUUAGAUUGUCAUUUUUAAUCUGUGGUUAUCAAUGCAAAUAUACCGUAUUUAUG